CAGAGUCCCACGGAGUUGAAUCCAGCUGAGCAAAGCCCAGCCAUUAGGGAGCAAGGUGUGGAAUACCCAUGGUUCUGGUGGCACAGGAACUGCCCCUCAUGUGCCUGAUGCUCCUCCUGCUCUGCAGAGAAUCAGGUGUGGGUGCCCAGCCGGGUCAGGGCUUCACUCUGCAGCAGCCCCAGCCCAAGGUGACGGUGGCAGCGGGGGAGACGCUCACCCUGAACUGCAUCGCAUCUGGAAUUGCUGGACCAGGGCCUGUGAUGUGGCUGAAGGGCUGGGGCAGUGGGAACAAGACUGUCUAUGACCAGAAAAACGAGGAUCCCUCCUCCCGUGUGACGAGAGCAGUGCCUGAGUCUGACACAGACUUCACCAUCCUCAUCAAGAAUGUUCAGCCUGAGGACAUGGGCACCUACUACUGUGUGAAGUUUGUCAGGGGGAGCACUGGUGAGGAUGAGGUGUUUAGGCGUGGCAGUGGCACCGAGGUGUCUGUGCAAGCCAAACCCAGCCCCCCGCUCGUGUCUGGGCCUGAGCAGAGAGCGAGGCCGGGGCAGCCGGUGCCUUUCACCUGCACAGCUGGAGGGUUCUUUCCUGACAAGAUUGGGGUGAAAUGGUUCAAGAACAGCAACCCCUUGGGGGCUCAGCCACCCCAGGUCACCGAGUGGAAGAUGAAAACCUACAACAUGUCCAGCUCAGCAGUGGUGACCCUGCAGAAGGACGAUGUCCGCUCACAGCUCACCUGUGAGGUGACGCACUCCACGCUGCCGGCCCCGCUGCCAGGGAGCUACCAGCUCAGCAGGGUCCUGCGAGUUCCCCCCAGCAUUGAAGUGCGCGCUGAGCCGAGCCCCGCUGAGGUGAACAAGACCGUGACCUUCACCUGCCUCGUGAAGGAGUUUUACCCAGCUGAAGUGUCCAUUUCCUGGCUGGAGAAUGGGACUGAGAUAAAGGGGCAGAACCUCUCCCGGCCAUUGGAGCUGCCCCUGGGCUUGUUUGAGCUGAGAAGCCGGGUGGAGGUGCAAGCCACGGAGGAGAAAAAUGGGUCCACGAUCACCUGCACGGUGGUGCACGAUGCCCAGGCCCCUGCCAGCUCCUCAGCCGUCCUGUUGAUCUCCAACCCGACCCAAGGGGGAUUGAGCAAUGAGUUCCAGAUGGAUAAGGGUGCAUCAGAGCUGCUGGGGUGGGGUGCUUGGCAGGGCGGCUGUGUGGUGUCACCCCCUGAGGAAGCUCGCAGUCCCAGAAAGGCUCCCUGUGGGGGAUUGGGAUGCUGCUCCCCGAGCCCUGGUUCCUCACAUGCUCUGUCCCCAUUGCAGGUGGAAACCUUCGGUCCAGCCUCCUUCUCCUGGGGAUGGGUAUCCUGCUGGAGAAGGGGCUCCUCGGUGGGCUCCUCUUCUUCCUCUUCAAGCGCAUGAAUAGAAAAGCAUCGGAGAUGUUGCCAUACCCUGCUCCACCUCAGUUCCCGGCUCCUGCAGCCAGGUCCCAGGGCUUGGCCACUGCCAGCAGUGAUGUGUGAACCUGGAAAUAAACGAGCCAGCAUGCA